GCCAUCUAUCGAAUUAAAUGACAGUAAUAUAUUUAUUAUAAAGUAACCUGUAAUAAAUAGUAAUUGUUAUAAACUAUUAAUGGCAGCAAUAGAUAAAGUUAAAAUUAUUGUAGUUGGUGAUUCUGGUGUUGGUAAAACAUCGUUGACUCAUCUCAUAUGCCAUCAACAACCGAUCAGUAAUCCUUCCUGGACGAUAGGUUGUUCUGUUGAAGUGAAAUUGCAUGAAUACAAGGAAGGCACACCUAAUCAAAGAAGAUAUUUUAUUGAACUGUGGGAUAUAGGUGGAAGUCAAAAUCAUAAAAAUACAAGAUCUGUUUUUUACAAUCCUACAAAUGGUAUAAUAUUGGUCCAUGAUUUAACAAACCGUAAAUCGCAACAAAAUUUACAGAAAUGGUUGCAAGAGGCAUUGUGCAAAGACGGAAAUUAUUCUAAAUCAAAAUUGUUUGAUGAUUUUGAUCCUGAAAAGUUUGUAGGAUCGACUCAAAUACCGAUAUUAGUUAUUGGUACAAAAUUAGAUUUAGUAUCGGAAGUAAGAUCAAACAUGCAGAGACGUACUUCGACUAUUGCUGAAGAAUGUGGAGCUGAUGAAAUAUUUUUGGACUGUUGCCAAGUAAGAGCAUUAGCUGCUGGUUCUAGUUCGUCUGUAAAACUCAGCAGAUUUUUUGACAAAGUCAUUGAAAGGCGUUACUAUGCUACUAGAGAAGGAAGUAGUUUAGACAAACGAAGAAUGAACACCUAUACUUCGACGUACAAUCCAAAGCUUUAUCAUAAUGACUAAAACUAUAGUUUCUUAACCAUUUAAAUUCCAGAAGUUUUUAAAAUAUCAUGUAGAUAAAUACUAAGCGAGGCAAUAAUGUAUCAAUUGUUUAUUACGUUUUAAUAACGUGACUCUUUUCAAUAAGAAAUUUGAAUAGCGUGAUCACUGGGAUUUAAAUGGUUAUUCUAAAGAAAUAUUAUUUUAUUAGAAAUACUUCAUUUUUAUUAAAAUUAACAUAUUAUACUAAGGGAUAUUGUUAAAUCUUGGAUAAAUAUUAUUUUGUAAAUAUUGUAUUAAUAUUGAUUUUUUACUAAAAUAAUAAUAAGUUCGUAUAA